UGUGUGCCAAAUACACAAUGGACUCGCUAGAUGGGGAUGAGAAAUCACUGCAGCAUGCUGAGGCUAGAUUGCAGUCAGAGAGGAGGACACACGCCUAGCCUCCUGUCUGCACCCUAGUUCUGCAUUUCUCUAUCUCACAAACACAGACACUCACUCUCUGCUGAUGGGGAUCUCAGCAGUUCACUAGUUCAUGCUGAGAGAGGUCUUGCCAAGCUGAGUUUGGAGGAAGGGAGCAGCAUGUGCUGGUCACCUUGCUGGAAAAAAGAGAAUCACACCCUGACUGUAUAGAGGUCAGAGAGGCUGAGACCCUUUAAUUGAGCUCAGACAGGACUCCCUACACAUACAUCCUAAGUGCUGGGAGUCAUGGGAGAGUCAUUAUUACUGCCAGUGGAGCAAUUCAAGCUGGGAGCUCACACAGAGCCCCCUGUCUCAAUGCUAACUUUCCUCUGAUGAGACUGAGGAGAAUCUGGAGUAUAUGAGGAGACCCCUGGAAUUUGCUGAACAAGACAUCUCCAAGGUUCUCCAGGCUGAGAGCAGAGCUGGGGGGCGUUAUGCAGAACAAGGGGUUCCUUUCCCCUGUUUCCUUGACCCCCUCUCUUCUGAUUCACUGUCUUGUAUUACCUCUCCUUGGACUCAUCCAGAUUGCUCAGGCCGAACUCCAGAAGACAUGUUCAAGGUCCACAGCUGAAAGUCUACCCAGUGGAUGUCCACAUGUGUGCCAAUGCAGACCACCUCCUUUACUGCCACCUCCACCUCCACCACCACCACCUCCAAGACUUGCACCACCUAUUAACAAUACUUCAUGCUGUGCAGAAAACAACUGGUGGCAUUUCCUGUUCAUUGCCAUUGCUGCAGUACUUCUCUUUGUAGUCAUUAUUAUGUGUUACAAAGCAAUAAAAAGGAAACCGCUCCACAAAGAAGAAAAUGGAACAACCAGGGCUGAAUAUGCAAUGACCCUCGAAACUGCCUAAGAUGCAGGACUUUAGCAGCGUGGUCACCAAAUCCUUGAUGUAAACCCUUCAAAACAUGAGAGGCAUUGAACUUUUGUUUUUUGGGGAAAAAAAAAAAAAACAGAGAGAAAAAGGGCCUGUCUUUCCCCACAAAUAAAGAGCAGUAUACGCAGGCAAGUGGAAGGGACCUCACUUGGAAAUUUGAGUACACACCGGUUUGAUUCCCGAAGGAGGAGAUCGCCUGAGUUAGGGCCUAAAACUUCCUGAUUAUAAAGUUCAGCCAACUAGGCUGGCAACCAGAGCUUGUAAGAAAGAGCAUGCAUCUGCUGAGAGAAUAGCAGCUCCGAUCACUGACUUGCCCGCCAAGCACAUGGGAGGACCGUGCUUACUGGGUCUCAUGUGGAGAAGGUGGAUGAGAUCGUUUGCAGAGACCCAUGAUCUGCAAACCUCCUGUGUACUAGGGAAUAACAAAUUUCCUGCAUGUGCAGUGUUUCCAUACCCAAGACAGACACUUUGUAAUAUUAUAAUUCUGAUUAUUAUUAAUGAUGAGGGGGGGGUACUGUGUUAUAAAAUUGGAGGAACCCCACAAACAAUGCAUGCACUCAAUAUAUGAAUUUACCCAGGAUAUACAGCUGAGGUAUCAUUUCUAUGCAAUACCCAAUGGCUGAAGACUUUUGGAAGCAAGCAGACAAAAAGAGAUGGGUUUAACCCCUUAAGGACCAAACUUCUGGAAUAAAAGGGAAUCAUGACAUGUCACACAUGUCAUAUGUCCUUAAGGGGUUAAAGAACAUGGUAGUGCGCUUAACCCAUUCAUUGCCGGAACUGACCCGUUUGCAUCGCCUGCCAGUGUAUUGUUGGCUUUUCGCGGCAGUUAAUGGUUUAACCCUGUGAAAGCCAUAGGGUAGUGCAAGGCGGCGCUUUGCAGACCCCUGUGGCACAUAAAUUCAGAAGAGGUUUUAAGGUGCUCUAAUAACAAAACUCUUUUUAUACAGACUAUUUUAUUUAUCAGCAUAAUACGAAAAAUAAAACAUUUAAAUGGAAAUGCUAUACUCCCUAUACAUGUAUGUUACAAUCACUCAUACAGUGAGCUUGUAGGUUUUCAUUUAGUGCAAUAUAUCAGUCUCUUAUCUACAAAAUUGCACAUUUUACUUCUGUGCUCUGUCUAUCAUUCAGGAUAUGGGUCGAAAUCUCUUCACCAUUGUCAGAUUAUAUCGCACUUGUUUACUGUAAUUUUAUUAUCAUUAUCCAAAUGUUAUUUUAUAGGUUAUACACUAUAUGAAAACAUUGGGUAAUAACUGUUAAUAGUAUAUACGUGACAGCGAACCUAUUUGUGGUUAGAGCUGUAAAUUAACCUUCUUUACAAAGUUACUAACAAAACUAGGUUCAGAUAAUUAAAUAAUUCUCCUGACCAAGUGCCCACUGAAAGUCUACUUUAACAUAAACAGGACUUUACGGUGCUGGUACUGGUACCAGAUUGUGAUGUUGGCAAACAUCAUGUGGUCUCUUAUUAAUAUUUGAGACUCAAUCCAAGGAGAUGAAGUCUGACCCAGAGCAUUAUGGCUACAUAACAUGCCAUACAGUAUUGACUUCAUAGAUAUGCAGCAAUAUUUACAAUAUUAUUUUAUUUGGCACCAUUUUUUUUAAUGACUGUUGAAACGUUGCAUAAAAACGGGUAAUUUGACAGGUUACAAUUAAAAGUCACAAUUCAGAAAAAGUUGAACUUCAUAUGGUAUAAUUCAAAUGGAUUUACAAUGUUUCUCCCAAAUCAUUGCAGGACUUUUUGCUUUGUUAGAGGAGCUUGUAAACGAAGAGUAAAAUGCAUGAUCUAUAUAUUUCUAUAUUACAUUACACUAGAAUGAUUACAUCGUUGGACGAGAAUAAUUUAAUCCCUUAAUGACCAGUGACAUUUAAUGCGGUCAUCACAGUUUGAACCUUAUGCCGGUAUAGAACAUCCUGUUUAUUUAUCCUUAGAAGCUGUGUACAGACCUGUCACCUUCAUUGAGGAAGGGCAUUCUAUAUUAUAAAGGGUCCUAUGUUAUGGUUCUUAGGUGGUUAAGGAUUAGUAGCAUUAGUGACACAAUAGGGUCAAAGAAAACCAUUGGACUGCUUAGUAAUUUCCGUUUUUUUCCCCCUUUUCUCUCUAAAAGGGUGUAUUGAUGAAAUAUGAUAUAAUAUAUCUGCCAUUUAUACACAAAGAAAAUACUAUUUCAGGGCAAAUCAAUCAAUGUGAAAUGAAAUCAUCUCUGUUAAUAUCCAUGCAGUAACCAUAGAGUCUUCAGCCUAUUUCAGGAAGUCUUUGUUGGCUCUGCAGUACUGAAUGAGUUAAUAUCCAUGUCCUGUUGAAUCAUUAUUGUAACUGUUUACAAACAGGAUCAGCAGCUGUACAUAUCCUUUAGAGCACUUGUAUAUUCAUAUUAUGUUGUGCUAAAUGCCUGCCUUCACAAUUAUAUUCCUAAAAUUACUACUUUUUUUGUGAAAAUAUGAACGUAUAA